UGUACGACUCUACGGGUCGCAAUGGCUACUGCACCGCAAGGACAACAAGUUUUACUGUUCAGUUAAACAAGUCCUAUGUGAGGAACACGCCGGGCGGAAUCGUCAAAGCCACACUUUUUAAUGUGAGACACUCGUUGGAUAACACAAAAAUGUCCCAGGGAUGUAUAACUUCUGUGGAGGAGAUCCAGUCUUGGUGGGAAGUCCCCGCCAUAGCGCACUUCUGCUCUCUCUUCAGGACGGCGUUCAAUUUACCAGACUUUGAAAUCGAGGAACUUGAGCAAGCACUACUAAAACAAGACCAAGACUUCCUUUCAGACCUUCUCUGCUCCCUGCUGAAAGGAUGUUACCAGCGCAGCGACAUCACCAUUCAGUCAUUUAGCAGUUACCUGGAAGACAUUAUAAAUUACCGCUGGGAACUGGAAGAAGGGAAAGCCAAUCCACUGAAGGAGCGCCAGUUUGAAGAGCUGCCACCCCGCACACAGGUGGAACUUUUGCACAGACUCUGUGACUAUCGUCUUGAUGCUGCUGAUGUCUUCGACCGGCUCAAGGGCCUGGAUGCAGAUAGUUUACGUGUUGAGCCUCUGGGCCAGGAUGGGAACGGAGCCCUCUAUUGGUACUUUUAUGGUACACGGCUGUACAAAGAGGAGCCAGUCGAAGCAAUGUCUCCCCAAUACAGUGACAAAGUGUCAGAAAAGAAAAGAAGAGGGAGGCCACCAAAGCAGUCUGACGAUGGACUGGCCAUGGAGGAGGAGGGAGAAGACUCCAUGAAGGAAGAGGACGAGUGUGUUGACGAGCCCAAGCCUGCAAUAAGCGAGUCGUUGGAAACAAAGCGUGAACGUGGAGCCUGGUCUCUGGCGUGUGACACUGAGGAGCAGUGGGUCAAUCUGGCCGAAAGUAUUAAGGACAAAAUCUCUCCUCAGGACCGGCACCUGCACCGCAUCAUUACUCAAAACUUCCUGCCUGAGAUCAGUAACAUGAUUGAACACAAGGAGAAAGAGUUGAAGCAGAAGCUACUGAAUCCACCCAAGGAAGACAACACCCAUCGUCACACUGAACAAAAUGGCAGCAAAGAGAAUGGGCAGAUACGAGCCGCAACUGAAGUGGACAAGCAGAGGGAGGAGGACCUGGAAAGACAAGUCCUGUUAGCUGAACAACGGAAAGAAGAAGAAAGACUGCUUCAGGAGGAACGGGAGAGAGAGGAACAGGAACGAGUCAAAGCUGUCGAGGAGCGUGCACGUAGAAGGAGGCAGCGAGAGGAGAAGGCCUGGUUGCUCUCUCAAGGAAAAGAACUUCCUCCUGAGCUGUUGAAUUUGGAGACUCACUCACCUAGUCGCCGAACACGUCGCACCAAAGAGUUUUAUGACAUAGAUGAUGAUUACACUGCUCUCUACAAAGUGUUGGAGGCUCUUAAAGCUCACAAAGAUGCCUGGCCUUUCAUGGAGCCUGUUGAUGAGUCUUAUGCCCCCAACUAUCAUGAAAUUAUACAGACUCCAAUGGACCUGUCCACCAUUGAGAGAAAGCUGAAUGAUGGGGAGUACGUUGCUAAGGAUGAGUUUGUGGCCGAUGUAAAGCUUAUGUUUGAGAACUGUCUGGAAUAUAAUGGAGAAGAGAGUGAAUACACAAUAAUGGCUGAGUCCUUGGAACGCUGCUUUAGCCGGGCCCUGCUGAAGCACUUCCCCGCUGAGGAUGGAGACACGGAUGAAGAGUUUCACGUGAGCAGUGAGGACCGGGACCGCAAGGAUAAGAAUAAAGGCAAAAGUCACAAGCGGUCAGGUCCUGAGAGCUUGAUCAGAGCCACUGAGCAAGCUCAAAAACGCAAAACGUCCAAUAGUGGGAAGGGAAAUAAUCAGCAGCAACAAGACAGACCCAUAUCUGCUUUACAACACCCUCCCCCACACUACACCAAUGGUCCCCCACAUCCUCAUAACAUCCACCCAGGACAGCAACAGCCUGGCAUGAUACAUCCUGCUCAACAGUUUCAACAACAUGCAGGUCCUUUGGGACCAAGAAUGUAUGCUCAACGUAUGAUGAUUGACCCUCGGUAUCCAUAUCAUGGACAGAGACCCCUCAUGUCCAGGCCACCGAUGGAACAUGGAACUCAGCAUGUACCUCACUACAACAUGCAGCAGGGUUCCCACAUGAAUGGUCCACAUCUAGGUCCUAGAUACCCAGUUGGACCUGAUGGCCAACCACUUCAACCUCCACAUCAGCAACAUUCUUAUCCUGGUCCUACUCAUGGUCCUUCUCUUGGCCCAAGGCCAAUGGCCCUUCAGCCUGGAGGCCCCUGUGCACCUCCACCUGAAGGCAACAUGUACCCUUCACGGCAGCAUCCAGAAGGGCAGUCCAUGCAGUCUGUGGGGAACCAGUACCCCAGGCCAGGUGUCCCAAUGCAUAAUUCCUAUCCUCCUUAUGGCCCCCAUAGCAUGAACAUGGCCAGGAUGUGGCCACCCAUGAACCAUCAGGGGCAGCCAACACCUGCUGGGCCAAUGAUGCAAGAACAGAGUGCCACUAGCCAGCAUCCGUAUAAUCACAAUAUGAUCCGUCCUCCACACAGUACUGGUUAUGCAAUGACGAAUGGUCAAUAUAGAAUGCCUGCUGUCAGCUCUCAAAGUCCCAUUGGCCAAAGACCACCAGGGGCCCCUCAGGUCUCAAGGCCACAUUUGGCUUCCAUGCUUGAUAGUCCAGAGAUGAUUGCCCUCCAGCAGCUCUCGGCCUCAUCGUCUCAUCGUGUUGAGAACUUUCAGCCUGCCCCACAAAGUGGUGGUAAUUGUUUAGCUUCUGCUGCACUGUCUUCUCCUGAAAACCAGCUCAUCAGGCCUUCUAUAUCCCCCAAAGGUUCAAGUCCAAAAUCUGGUGAUAAACAGACAACUGGAGAAAAUGCUCCCACAGAAGCUGACAGCCAUUCUCAUCCCAAUCCAACAGAAAAAUCUGAGCAACCUUCUCUAGGGAAAGCUCCGCCAUCUGUGUCCAAUCCAAGCAUGGAAGUUCCUAGUCAGAAUGAAGACAAACAUAGACUGUCAAAUCUAGAGAAAAUUCACAACGGUGACCACCCAAAUUCUCAAACCCAGCCAGGUCCCCCACAGCAAAAAUCUGUGGAUGACUCUUUAUUACCCCUAAAUGGUCCUCAGCCAAUGCCCCAUAAAACCCCAGAUGAAAUUUCCCAGUAUCCCUCUCAACAAAUCCAUAAACAUGUUCCCUCACAGUUUAUUCAGAAUGGUUCUCAACGGCAGCCUCAGAAUGUCCCUUCACAUAUUCUGCAGAAUCUUCCUCAACAGAUGCCACAAAAUGCAUCUCACCAGUAUCCUCAGAACAGCUCACAGCAGAUACCACACAACGGAUCAGUCAGAGGGCCACAGGCAGGACCUCUUCAUGGAAUGCCACAAGUUCCAUCUCAGGGGGGGCAGCCUGGUGUUCAUCAACCUGCAACUCUCAGCUCUCUACCUCCUAGCCACCCUGUAUCACAUCCACUUGCUCAACCCUCUCCAGCUGAUCAGGGAGACCAAAGGCCUUGUGAGCCUACCAGUAGGAAGGUGGCAGGUGGGAAUACACCUUCCCAAGAUGGCAGCAACGCAAACAUGAGAACUGAUUGUGCCAGUGGGUACAAACCACAGCCCUUCAGUCCAGAGUCACAAACUCAGCUUGGAAGGCAGGAGCCAGCACCCCUUCACAAUCAGGCUCCUCCAAUACAAUCUCAGGGUCCAGAAUGUAACACUGUGACCCAGUAUGGUGCAACUGAGCCAGCACCUCAACACUUUGGCCCACCACAGAUGGGUAGAGCGUUACACCCACAAAAUCACCAGCCUUACCCCAACCAGGGACCACCAUCACAGGGAAGUAAUCCUCAUCACUAUCCUGCUUAUCAUCAACAAGGAGUUCCAUACCAGUAUCGCAUGACCACACAGCAUCCUCAAGGUCAGUCCAGCAUGUAUCCUCAGUUCCAGCAGCAGCAGUUUUAUCAGCACCCCCGUCAUGGCAGACCUGGAUUUCCAUCUGAGGAGUGGCCUAGACCUCCAUACCACCCUCAGCAUCCAAUGAUGCCCAAUUCCUACCCAUCACCAUCCGGUGGAAGUUUUAAUGGCAGGCACAAGGACAAUACCAUGUCUCCACAUGGCUCGGAUGGAUCUGUUGGGAGCUUAAUGUCACCUAGUCCUUUACCCGAUGGGUCCCAUAGCAGUGCUUUGGAAAACAGAGAGGAUGGCAGCCCUGCCAAGCAGGCAAGAACUGAGGAGCCUUCUGAACGGUCCGAGAGCCCAAAGGAGAUCUUGGACUUGGACAGCCACAAUGCUACAGCCAGACAUCGUACUUCAGCUCAACCGCAUCCCAGUUUCCCGUAUGGGCAUCGAGGCAUGCAUCCCAGCAUGCAACAGAGUGGUGGUCCUCCACCUCAUAUGGUGGCAGGUGGGCCAUAUUCUGGCCAGCAGUUUCCCAGCGGACAUUUUCCACCACAGCAUCCUCAUCCACAUUUGAUGGAAGCUUUACAGAGGCCCCAGCACCUGCCUUUCUCUCCAGGCCAAACUCGCAUGGCUAUGUACAGGCAUCCAAAUGUUGCAGGGCACUUCCAGGGAAUGAUGGUUCCUCAAAGAGCUGUGGUUGCAGAACACUUACUUCGCACUGGGCACCAGAUGUUGGGUGCAGCAUCUCCCAAUGUCCCAGGUAAUAAACAAGGAGUAUGAAAAGUAGGAUUUCAUUGGAAACUUAAAAAAAAAUUCCUGAAAAGUCCUGAUCCUCUACUACCCACCUAGAAAACUUUUUUGAGACACUGAUAACCCAUCCUCAUCUGGACCAGGCACUCCUUUUCAGUGAGGAUGGAAAGGAACAACUCGGAGUACCGAUAGGUGGGAUCAUUGACCAAGGAAUACCUGUGAAUCUUCAAUCCUGUUUAUUGCUCAAAUGCUGUUUGAACUCCAUAAUACUGGUCUGCAGCUUCUCUUCUCAGCUUGGAAUGUCUAUUUGGCCUCAGUCCCAACAAAGAAACAUCUCCAGUCUCCUUUGCAUGGGCUGUUACUUAGGAAGUAAAGAAAUUGAAUUUUUUUUAGUCCAUGAGAAGAGCAAGAUGUGACAGUUUGUGUUCUGUUCAAAGUUAAACUCAGGUGUAGUAAAGAAGGUACUGAGACUACUGGAGCUUUUUCCAAGCUCUGUGGACAAACUAGUCUUGGUUGCCUUUGUGUACUUGUUGAAUGUUCAGUGAAAGAUUUUAGAAAUAGUAGCAAGUCAACUUAUGGAAUAAAAGAUGGAUCUUCUGCUCCACUGGGAAACACCACACCUGGAAUGUUUUAAUGAGAUGAUGUUCAUCUCAACUAAAACACAGUUUCCACUUGAUUUCUGAUGAUGUGCAUUUUUCUAAUGCCACUUAAAUUUGAAGAUUGUCUUUGAUUUUCUUAGACUGCCAGAGAUCUUGGCUGCUUUAUUUGUUAUGCACUAGGAAUAGUCUUUCAUACUGGAAUUAGUGGCCUUGGACAUAACUUAGACGUGUGCUCCUUUGUAUGGGACUAAAUUCUAACUUUUCACUUAAGUUGUUUCUAUUUCUGAUGUGUUGUCUUGUUCCUUAUUGAUGUGUCCUGCUAGUGUAUGUGUGCACAGAAUGAAUCCGAUGCUGAGGUAGCCAUUUUUCACCGCUACUAGUAAUCCAUGGCUUUUGGGAUUCCUUGAAGGCUGGUUUGUUGUCACCUGAUUUCAAUCAUCACUGGCCAUCAAUCUUAAAAUGAUUUUCAUAUAUUGGAAUGUACAUUGAAUUUUUGUCGCAAUUGACAACCGGCUGGAGUCGCAAUACUAAAAACGCAUUAGAUGAUACAGUAUAUAUCAGCCUUAAAAUGGACUUGUAGAAGUACCACUGUAGCUCCUUUUAUCAAAUGGGAGAAAUGUCGACGUGCUCAUAUUCUACAUGAAUGCUUUCUCUUUUAAUUCAGCGUACUGAAUGUGUCCUCAGGGUGUAGUGGUUUUAAUACGGGUAUUGUCAAUAGAAUAUUCAUUGAAAAAAUUGCAAUGAAAUGUCACUGGAACUGUGAUUAACUUCAAUUCAUCUGUGAUCUUCAGUACAGACACAGGAACCAGGCAAGCAGUACUUGGGGUUAAUGGUGUUUGUCUCACUGUUCUUUGAAUUAGUAUAAUGUUUUAAAUGAUUUUUUUGUUCAUUUUAAUUGCUCCUACUAUUGUUGUCCUGCACUAAAUGAAUUACUUUGAGUAUCUGCUUGUUUUUUUUUUUUAUAUAAAUGUAUCUUCUUGGUCUGUCUGAAUUACUAAUUUACUCAGCUCUUGUCGACAAACCAUUAAAAAGAAACAGCAAUUUGUGAGAAUAUGGGAGCAAGAAUAUCUACCUCAUAAUGACAGAAUGUGGCACAUUCUCCAUUCCCUUCAUAGACCCAUAAGGAGAUCUUUUUUUUUUGUCACUUGUUUAUACACUUAAAUAUUCUUUUUAAUGAUUUACAACUUGAUCCGUACAUCAACACUAUAUAUAGCCUUAAUAUGUUCACUUGCAGAGCCGAACGGUAAUUAAUAAUUCAUCAGUGCCAAGUUUGAACAGGAUUAAAACAUCUGCAUUCCACUCUUUGAAUGUUGGCGUUUACAACCAUAAGUGAAAUGAAGGCAGCAUCCUAGGUUCAGAUUUGUGCCCUCAUUUUGUGGAAUCCACACACUGAAGUGGAAAAGAGGUUGUACACCUUGUACGAAGGAUGUGACCGAUUUUUUUUAUUUUUUUUGGUGGUACACAGAGAUCAUUUGUCCGGUGAUGGCGUAAAUGUCGGACAGUAAUAUUUUAGUAUUUUGUGGACGUGUGAAUUGUUUAUAUGUAUUUUAUGAACUAGGGAUCUGGAAAUACUAGCAGCUGUGAGAUGACAUGGACAUUGUUCACCAUUUUGUACCUGUCUUUGCUCAUAAGUGAAAAUGCAUCACUUUAGCAGUCUGUCAGAGGACUGUCCUACUCCACUGUUAAUAUGUAAAGGGAUGAUUUAGUUGUAACGGACUUUAAGAAUGUGUGGAUUUUGCUGUGUACAGAUGUUUUUAUUUUAUUUUCUUUCACUUGCUGGUGGGUAAUGGGUAACAGAUCUGUAUCUCUUGAAAUCCACCCUUCAACAUCUCUGCUGUCAUCUAUUCUGUCUGUACUAGUUAAGAAACUAGUUGGUUAAAUGUGAAUCAUAUUUAUUUGCUCUUAUGUUUUGUAAAUUUUUGUCUUUUUUAAUAUAAAUGUGUUCUCAUGUUUGUUUCGAAACGGUUCACUUUACCUCAGUAGCGAAGAUGGCAUCCAAAACGACACCUGUAACUUUCAUAUGUGAAGUUUACAAGUUCUUACCUGACUGACAAAUUAUUUUGGAAAUGGACCGAAGUAUUUUCUAUACUGUACAUUUCUUAGAAUAAAUUACGUUUCAUUAGA